AUGCAGUUCUCCAAUAUCACUAUUGCUUUCGUCGCCGCCGUCAUUUAUACCGCCGGUGUUAGCGCGUCUUGCCAACAGAUCAAGUGCGACAAGACCUGCGGCUCAGGCGGUGCUAAGAAGAACUUCUGUGGUUCUAUUCAAUGCAACGAUCUCAACGUCGGUCGAAUCACGUGCUGCGACGAUGUGCAGUGCACCCAAUAG